UCUUAAAAUAUUUUCUAGGUAAUAUUUUGGUGCUGCCUAUUUCUCAUUAGCACGAUUGUAGGUGCAUAUAUGAAUAUUUUUUCACCUUGAAAGAUGAAGAAGCUAUUUUCCCAAGCUGCUGGUGGAGAUUAUGUUGGAAAAAUAAUUCGGAUUAAUAGGUAUCAAGUCACGGUGGAGGAAGUCAUUGCAGAAGGUGGUUUUUCCAUGGUAUUCUUAUGCAAACUCAAUUCUGGUCAACGUGUUGCAUUGAAGCGUAUGUUCGUCAAUAGUGAGGCUAGCUUAGAUGUUUGUAAACAAGAAAUCAAGAUUUGGGCGAGUCUUGCAAGUCACAAAAAUGUGGUUCAUCUCAUUGAUACCAAUAUAUCAAGGUCAUCCAAUAAUGACGGUGUCUACGAAGUUCUAAUGUUGAUGGAGUAUUGCAGAGCUGGUCAUGUUGUCCAACUUAUGAAUCAACGAUUAUCGACGAGGUUCAAUCAACAUGAGGUGCUUAAAAUAUUUUGCGAUAUACUGUUGGCAGUUGCUGCAUUACAUCAUUUCACACCGCCUGUAAUUCACAGGGAUUUAAAGGUUGAAAACAUUCUACUACACGACAAUGGAAACUAUGUUUUAUGUGACUUCGGUAGUGCCACAACAGCAGAACUUAAUCCAAAAGUUCAUGGUGUCGCUGCUGUCGAAGAGGAAAUUCUCAAAUACACAACAUUAUCAUACCGUGCACCUGAAAUGGUCAACUUAUAUUUGGGGAAAACGAUAACGACAAAAGCUGACAUUUGGGCACUUGGAUGUAUGUUAUAUAAAUUAUGCUUCUUUGAAAUGCCUUUUGGAGAAAGUUCACUCGCUAUACAGAACGGAGCUUUCACAAUCCCAGAUGAUUCUAGAUAUGCUAAAGAAGUUCACUGUUUAAUAAGGUAUAUGUUGGAACCAGAGCCAGAUUUACGACCUGAUAUUUUUCAAGUUGCGCAUCAUGCGUUCAAGCUAGCCAAAGCUCCUAAUAUGGUCAGAAAUCAAAAUAAUGCACCAAUAUUAGAAGAAUUACCUGUUCCACUGACAAGAACGCAAGCUGAAGAGCUAAAAGAGAUGGCUAAGAAGGAAGCGGCUGAGAAAGGGACAUUAAACGGUGCCGAGGGGCCAACAGAAACUAGCAUUGCUCCAAGGAGACGACCACAGGGUCUGAUAUCUGGUUCUGGUGCGAGACUUAAUGUGUAUCCAGCCUCUCCCGCACCUACUACUUCAUCACCAAGGCCACAUAUGGUCCGACCAUCAACACAGUCUACAAGCAAUUCAUCACUUCAAACACCUCGCACUGUUCAACCUGCAUCUUCAUCCCAAAUUUCUAAUACAGCUCGUUUGACAAAUCCUAAAGUUCUUCAACAACAACAACAAACUUCUUCUGCUUGGAAUAAUCAGUCCUUGCAACCGCAACAAGCACAGAGGCAGCUACCUGCCAGCAGCCAAGCCGUUACUGCCAAUAGGCCGCCUGUAACUCCCGGAAUUGAUCCAACGAUCGUUCUCAAACAAACCCAAUUCGCUCAGGAAAUAGCUGGACUACAGCAACAAGGCCGAGUUUUGCAACAAAGAAUGGUCGUCAUUCAACAUAGCUUGUCUGUGUUGAAUAAUCAAGCAGCUCAACAGCCAGCACUCAUUAAUCUGAUUACACCUAAAAUUCAACAUAUGCAACAAGAAGGCCAAGUUGUUCAGCAACAAUAUUUACAAAUAACUCAAAGAAUUGCUCAGAUUCAUCAAAUGCUUAAUCACCUGCGACAGUCUUCGGGACAAGCACAGCUUCAGGCCCAGCAAAUACAGGCUCAACGUCAGCAGCAAGCUCAACUUCAAGCUCAGGCUCAAGCUGCUGCACAACUUCAGCAACAACAGCAAGCCCAACUUCAACAACAGGCUCAGUUGCAACAACAGCAAGUUGAGAUGCAGCGAAGGGCACAGAUGAUGCAAUUACAACAACAACAAUCUGCCAUGCAAAAGGUGAACCAGCAAAAUGAGCAUAUUUCAGUUCGACGUUCUGGUAGUACAAGCAAUGCUCAUAUGCCUUCAAUACACCUUCAAGCUGCAUCACCCGCAGGUAGAGACACUCUGGAUGGCACUAGAAGAACUCACAGAAGAGUACAAAGCGAUGUUUCAGGUAUAACUGCAUCUGCACGAAGAAGACAUCAAAUAACACCUUGUGAUACAAAUGUUGUUGGAACAUUAAAUAAACAGAAAAGUACCAGUAGCAACAGUCUAACACCAGAUAUAGAAGUUUGGAAUCCUUUCGAUGGCGAUAAUUUUACGCAAAAUGUUGGAGAAGGCCAAGUUGAUGCUGACAAAGAAUUUGACGAAUUUUUGACAAUAAGAAACACUGAACCAGGAAAUUGUGAUGAUGUUCAGAAAGAUUUGUUCGGUGCAAAACCAUUUCAAGCUGGUAACAAACACCUCCCAACUCAUGUCGAAGAACCAACCGGAAGCGACGAACUAAUAGAAAAUACGAACAAUUCAAACUUUGUUACUAAAGACAUUGAUAAUAAUUUACAAAACACUGUUAAUGUGAAUGUAGAAGAAGACAAUUUUAUUAAAUCAUUGAACGAUAGCGUUCAAAGCGAUGACAGCUUUGGACAGAUACGUAUCGAGAAAGGGACUGUAGUCCCUGAACAUAGUUUUACUAUUGAUGGUUUUGGAAACGAGGGUGCUGAUAGUGGAAAAUCAGCUCCAGUGAUGUCAACAACUAAUAUUAAAGGAUAUAGGGUGUUUGGUGUUGUUGGAUUUUCAGAUGACCAGAGAUCUAGUGCAGAUGGAUCAGAAAAAGGAUAUCCCCAAGUUAGGGAUUCUGAAUCUUCUUUCUCAUCAUCUGAAGAUGAUGAAGAACAUCAUCAUAGAAAUGAAGAAGAGGAAGCAUUAGGAAGCAAACCUCUUAUCAUGGAGGAUGAUGAGGAUGAGGUUGAUCAUCCUGGAGAUAAUCUUCACGAUACUGAUGAAUUUGGACUUACACCCUUCAACUCUCAUAAGUCCCCGAUAAGUCACAUAAAUAGAAAACCACGUACCAGUUCCAUCGGGUCUGAAGUCUUUUCAAACGCACCAUUCACCAACACUCCCAACCCAGUCGGCGAGGAUUUAUUUGGAUGUACACCUUUCAAUGUGGCUGCUGUUCCUUCUGUACAUAUGAUGGCAAAUUUGCCGGAAGAAGAUGCCCAUACUACAAGUACAGAUGUCAAUCCUUUUGAUAACGCACCCUUUACUGCUCCUGCUGUUUCGCCGCCUCGUCCUAGUACAGAUCCCAACAAAGAUGCUUUUGGAGCUGCACCUUUUACACCAGAACCUGUGAAAAUGGAAUCGUCGUCAGAUCAGUCUCAAACUGAUACUGGAACGAAACUCAAUCUUCAUUUUACUCAUCUUCAACAAAAUCGCAAGGCAGCAAUUAGGAAGAAAACUCCAGGAAGACAAGUGAUAAGCUCUGGUGCGAGGAAAAAUAAUUCACCAAGAGAUCGAAGCAAUAGCAAAGGAUCUGGGAUGAGGACGCGUGUGAAAGCUUCAAGAAGCAGUAGCAAUAGUAGUAGUGGAAGUGGUAGAAGGGGGUCACAUCAUCACAAUGGGAGCAGCAGCCCCAACAUGAGCCCCGUUGUUGGUGCAGAUGAGGGUAAGAAGCGAAUGAGGAAAAAACCUGUGCCAAAACCAAGACACCACCACGCCAGUGAUAAUAAAUCCAGCUCGGCUUCUGAUGCAUUUGGUGAUACACCAUUUAUGCCGAUGACGAAUAAAGAAAUGUCUCCUCAAUCUGAUAAUUCCGCAAAAACAUUUCCACAACCAGGGUUGGAUGCUUUUGGAGCAGCUCCUUUUAACACAAAAAAUUCCUAGCCAAUAUUAUUUUUGUUGUUGAUCAUUUUUAUCUCUCGUCAAAAAAAAAGGAUUCCAUGCUUUCACUGGAUUUAUAAUACAAUCAAAUUCAUAGUUAUCAUUAAUUUAGUUAACAGCACCCUAUUGUUUAUUCCAUGUGCAAAUUUCAAAUAAUGUAGUUCCUCAACUUUUUUGUGAGAUUCGUUGUUGAGACAUUCUGUCUGUUUCAAAUGUUACGCUCAACGAUUUAAAUUUUUUUUAUAUUGAGUCGCUUUUUAAGGAGGUACCCCAGUCGUAAUUUCCUUUCAACUUAUCUUCAGGCUUGCAUACGAAAACAUGGGUAAAAUAUCAUCCGUUUAGAGUUGUACAUCUAGCCCCACAGUCAAAAAUUCGCUUAUUUUAUGGUGUUUCAAUGCAUCAUGGCAUUGUUUUCAUCUUCAAUCUCUACGAAAAGUGUAUAUACUUGCAAAUUAUAACAUACCUAACCAUAAUAAAUUGUUGUUUACAAUGCUGUAUAAUUAUCAGAUCAAUCCAUUUUUAUCUUUUCUUAUCUAAUUCGUUCUAAAUUUCUUUGUUCCUUUAAAAGUUGAUGUUCUGUUGCUACGUUUUUGCAUGCUUUUCCUAUAGUUAUUUUGGAAUAAGAUAUGCUGUUGACAUAAACAACACCGUAUAGCAUUGUUGCAGUUGAAGAUGUCUGGUUCAAACCCUAUGGCCACCACUGCAUGGUGGUCGUAAUAAGGUGAGUAGCCAACAUCGAAUUAGAAAUAUUCUGGUUUUUACAAAUAUCGGCAUUAGCAUUAGUGGCUGCAUGUUCAACAUCUUUUUCUGAGAGAAGUAAAAACGCUUCUUGUGGAAUUUAAAAUUAUUUUGUAAUCGAUUUGUUAUGCUAUGAAUAAAGAAAAGGAAAUAAUCCACAUUGAAAUUACAUUCAAACCUAAUUCUCGUCGCUUUUGCUUAUGACAUGAUGUGCUUUGUUGUCUCUUCAUCAACUUGCUCAAUUGCAAGCUUUACAAAAAAACAUCGCUGUUGUUUUUAGUUUCUUUUUAAGGUUUUUUCAUAUUUUUGUUGGAUUCUGAGUUUUAAUUGCAAAUAUAUUACUAACACAAUAUUCGCACAUAUUGAAAUAUACUCAUCAUGUGAAGCACAUAUAUUAUCUGUCUAUAAUAUCGCUCAAUGAUGUGUUGCCGUCACAUUUGUUUCUCAUUAGCUAUCUCACAUAUAUAAUUUGUUUGUUAUUUAGUAAUGCCAAAAUAUGCGAUAUUACCACUAGUGUCAUUUAUAGUUUGUUAAAAUAAGUUUGAAAUUCAAAUGAAUUGGGUAUACAAUGCCAAACCAGAAAGAUUCUGGCUUUUCCGAAAGUAGGAGCUCUACAUAUAAGAAGAUUCUUGUAAAGAGCCUUAUUCUGAGUGAAGACAGGACAUAAAGUAAAAAUAUUUGCCACGAUUUGAAAAAUUUUCGAUUAUUUCACAACAAAAUUGAAAUGUUUUUCUGUUCACUUAGUAAAAUUUGGCUAACGUCCUAAUUGUGCAUAUUGAGGCUUGCCUAUUGAUGCACCUAUGCUAUUAUCAGAGUAGAUUCUUUGUAUACAUAUCUGUGCCAUUUUCCUUUAUUUCUGCUUUAUUUUAUGUAUUAACUGUAUGUAUGUAUGUUAUUGUCAUUACUAUUCCAGCGUUAACUUUCUUGAACAGAGUUCAGUUAUUAAAUUGAAUUUUUAAUCUAA